GAGUUACCUGCCACAAAACGAGAGGCCUACUCUUGUUGUCAUAUGCUCGUUGGCAACCCAACUUUUUCCUGUAAUCCAGAGUGCGCCAGAGUCAGUAUUCUACAACUUUAAAGAUCCAACUUCGGCAUCAAUCUCUGUGCAGAGGAGGAGUUUGUAAACCACUGCAGUCAUGAGUGUGUGUUCAAGUCGGGCGUUUUGCCUUUAUUUUAACAUCAUCGGAUUCCUCCUCAGUGGAUAUGCCUUCUAUGUGGAGAUGAAGGUCAAAGAGGACCCCACCUACAAGCCUUUGUGCGACUUGGAUGAGAAUAUUUCGUGCACCAAACCGUUUAAUUCCACCUAUGGCAAAGGAUUUGGUGUGGUGGACAAAGUUUUGCCGGCUGAUCAUUGGCUUAAUCAGCCUAACCCAAUUUAUGGAUUUGGUCUUUACUCGCUUACAACGCUCUUGUCCCUGUUCCGAUACCAUUUCUUGUCUAAAAUCCAGUUUUAUGUGGUUUUGCUUGCCAAUUUUGGAUCGAUCUACUUGGGAUACAUUUUGUAUUUCGUCUUGGAGAACCUGUGCGUUGUGUGUGUGGCUAUAUAUGCGACCAAUUUCCUGCUUCUGAUUGCCAGUUUCGCCAAAAUGCGGUCCACUCGCUUAGGAACACGCCGAAUGGACAUUCGAGAACACGGACAACAAGACCGAAACCUCCGUUUGCCUACCUCAAGUAAUAGGAGAGAUUUCAAAAAGAACAUUUAAUGGACAUAUUCUCCUCCCAUGACGACCAGUCACAAGCUUUUACCCGUGAAUAAAAUCGUGAUUAAUUUA